GAUGCUUUCCUGAACGGCGGAAAUCCCUACAUAUGUCUCGAUGAAGUUGCUGCAUUUCAUAUCAACAUGGAGGAACUGACCUUGAAUGUGCAGAAUUAUAUGCAAGAGAAUAACGUGCAAGUUCAACUGCUUUAGUUGCCUCCAACAACCCUUCGAUAUCUGCGCCAGAGCUAAAGUUCCUUAAAACAGGAUGACAUGCUUCACUUUAGCUGAGUUUUCUUUGCUUCUGCCGUUUUUUCGUCCAUAUGUAAUAUUGGCUGAUAUAGGGUUACACUGCAAUGGAAGAUGUUCAAUUCAGAUUUCAGCACAUUUUGGGUUAGGUGGCUAGACUAACUGCCGAUCUCCUUUUCGUUUCAUUGGGAGAUUGACGUAAAGAUCAGCCAGUUAUGUAGUAACAUGAUCAUAUGCAUGCAAGGAUCACAAUUCAAAACCCAACUACUUAUCAUCUUUUUUCAUUCUCUGCAUGCACACAAGUAAUGGGUGUUGUAAGUGAGCGCAAGACAAAUGGCUCUCUGCUUAUUGCAACCAGUGGAGGGCUAAACCAACAAAGAACGAGGGUGCUGAAUAUAUAUGGCAGCUUUCUUUCUACCUUAGAUGCUCGCAGUCCUAAGGUGACUGAAAGAGGAGUGCUGCAAAUUCUAUUAGAUUUAAGAUUCGUUUUUGAUGUUGUAUCUGGGGGUGACUUGAACAUGAACGAUGAGUGCAAGCUCUCUAUGAAAAGUCAGGUGCAAAAACAGGACUCUUCUGUCAGUAGAAAGCGCGUUCCGGAAUUGACAAGUAGUCUCUCACAAAGGCUGGAUCCUAUAGAUUGGCAAACGUACGAGCUGGGAGAAUGAGAAACAGGCAUACUACGGCAUGCUGUCCUCUUUGUUUCUUUGUGCAGCUUAAUCGAAUGUACACUGACACCCAGAGGAAAUUACCUAGCAAUUCUGAGUCAAACAUAAUGAGGUCUUACAUUUGUUCCGUUUUCAUAGUUGUUUUAAUGGCUGAUCAAGAAUGCAAUAGAAUUUGGGACAAACUUCACGAUACUUGACACACUUCUGCCGUUCUGCGUCUUUUCAUUUAAGGUCCCUCAAGGAUAGAGACUAUUCUGUAUUCGAAGAGCUACAUAUAUCCAGCAAAAUUUUUUAUAUAUAAACUCGUCUUAGCUUUGACUAAGAUGCAUUUUCA